GUUGCAUUUGAGCAACAAUCGAUUCAGUGGCCCGCUGCCGGACGGGCUUGGCAGCAACAUGGACAGCCUACGGGAGCUGCAUAUGUCGUCCAACAACGUGCGUAAGACAUAGCCGAGAGAGACGCAAUGUAUGUUUGAGGGCUGCUUGUGUUAGUAGACUGGUUCUUUCUCUUCUUCGUUUCAGUUUUCCGGCCCAUUGCCCCCCUCCCUAGGCAAUGCGGGCAAACUGUGGGGAGUGUGGUUGAAUGAGAACUCGGUACGUACACUUACAAACACGUAACGCUUCACAUAUUACUCUGUCCACAUAGUCUUGCAUUGACAGCUGUCGGGCGCCUUACCGAGUACACUGAGUGGCUGGAAGUCGGUUCAGUAUCUAUACAUAAACAAUAACAACUUUAGCGGCACGCUGAAGCCGCUGAGCAAUCUCACGUCGCUCAGGGCAUUGUGGGUGGCAAAUAAUUCGGUGAGAAGGAUGAGAAAUAUUUAGAAGCGACAUUUGGUAGGGACUUGUGUGUCAUUGCAGUUUGAGGGUCACCUGCCCGUCGGGUUUCAGACUUUGAAGAAUCUCACUGAAAUCCACGCAGCAGAGAACCGGUCCAGGAUGCGCCAGACAUAUUGCAUGCAAUGAAUGGGCCUGUGAAUUGUCAGAUUGAUCAGCUUCUCCGAUUACGACUACAUUAUCGGUUUCGACUACAGUGGCGCAGGGUACGAGAGCCUUAGGCAUUUGGAUCUCUCAUUCAAUCAUAUCGAGUGGUCCAUCGACCUGUCUAUCUUCCCUAACCUCGAAUACGCCGACCUGAGCAACAAUCUCAUCACGGGUUUCGCCAGAAACGGACGGAACACGAUCCCACAAUCGUUCGCACCCCAGCUAUAUAUACAUAUUCACACACACGCGCACACUGAGAUAGAGACAUUGUUUGUGUUGUGUCGCAGUCGGUGUGUUUUUUACGUGCAUGUCCGUGUGUCAGGUUGAAAGUGUUGCAUCUAGAGCACAAUCUGCUGACCGCCCUGCCGGAGGGCUUCCGCUCAAUGCCCAAUUUAGAGACACUUCACCUCGCCAACAAUCACAUCAGCCAGUGGCCCAAGUGGGGUUCCACACCGAGCGGCUUCUGCGAUAACGACCACCUAAGUCAGCUACUGACACGCAAUAGAGGCGGGCAGGUAGUCAUAUGUCUACAGAUGUGUAGUUGGUGCGUAUUUGUGUGCGAUGGAUUGAUAGCGGCGGCAGCGUCGGAAGGCAAUAUCUUGAAUGUGCUGAGGAGUUUGUUGAAUUCAACUUACUUUCCACUCCCACCCGACUGGGGUUCUCUCACACACUUGGAUGUGUCCAACAAUCCCAUCGCAGUCGACGCGACCGAGUUUUUUAUGCCCCUCAAAUGGCAGGACAAGUAAGUGAAGAUUACUGGCUUUCUGUGACUUGCUCUGUCUCUUUGUGUGUGUGUGUGUGACAGUUUGCAGGUGUUGGAAGCAUCGAAUUGUGAGCUGGAUGGGUUACUAGGUUGUGAGGCCUCCUUUGUGUUCGACCGUGCGGCUCUGGAGGAGGAAAAGACGAUCCUUGAGCAAGCCAGCAGCACCUCAUCGGUGAGCACACGCUAUUGGAAAACGCGAAGAUACACAAGUACUUCGGCAGAAAACCACUCAGUAUGUGCACUGUGUACAGCAGACGAUCGAUUGGUGGCAUCUCUUUUGGCCCAUGCCCAACCUUGGGAAAAUCUCGUUGAGCGACAACAACAUCACCGCCAUCGACACGACUGAAACAUGGAAGGCAUGGGAGUCAUCGAUGUACCACCUUGAUCUGCGGAAUAACUCCCUGAGACGAGUGACCAGCUACCCCGACCUCUUUGAAUCAAUCGACAAUCUGAAGCUUGCUCAGAACCCAGACCUGAAAAGAGAGCAGACUGCGGCAUGUAUCAGCCUUACAGCCAUCGAGGUGAGAAGAGAUUAAGCGGAGCAUUCAUACGUGUGUCGCUGGUCGUGGUAGUAUAUGUAUUGUUUCGUGUGUGUCUCUUUGAUGUCUGUGCGUGUGUGUGUGUGUGCUCGUGCUACAGAAGUGUCAAGAUUUGCGUCGAGACCUGAAUUUGACACACAAGAAUUUCAGUUGGUGUCCAGAUAAGGAAACAUACGAACUCAGGCCGCUCGUACCCGACCCGCUCGGUAAGUGACACAGCAAAGUGGGAGCAGACAUCCACCGUGGAUGCCUCUGUGUGGCUGGUGUAGGAUAUUCGGCGCGGAGAUCAGACAACGGUGAGGAGCGUUUUGAGUGUACAGAGUUUUGCGCUGCAUGGAAUCAAGUUGAGGUGAGACAUAUAAAGUUAAGACACAGGACCAUAUCCGAAGCACAGCCAAUGCGCUUCUGAUAGGUUGACUACACCUUCGACUCAGAUGCCCUUUGUCGCUGCCUACCCGGCUAUGAGGGCACGGGCAUCAACUGUACUAUGUGUCCGGCAGGGACAUACAGCAACAGACAAGUCGGAACACAAACGUGCAAACAAUGCCCCGAUGAUGCAGGUAAGAUGCAAGCAGUAUGUGAUGAUCAUCUUGACGACUCUCACUCGACUCUCACUGUUGGUCUACUUAUAUGUGUCGGCAGGUUCUCAUGAAGGCUCAGCUGCAUGCUACUGUCGUCUUGGUUAUGAGCGUGGAAACGAGCCGUGUGAGCCAUGCACAGCAGGGUCUGUUGGUGUGCGCAUGGGGGGCGACGGGAGCGAGAGUCUCGAAACGUGGACGUGCAGGGAUUGCCUGCCUGGCCUGAACUGCUCUCUUCCCGUCAACUACAAUGCAAGUGUGCUGCCGUCGUUCUUCCAGCUCACUGUCCAGCUGCAGUCGGAUGGCUUAUCGCACAACGCCACACGAGAAGUGACGACGUAA